CCAGAUAACCAAAAGCUUAUCUAUAGCUCUGAAAUUGUGCUUUAUGCUUUUGAUAUAUGUUUAAUUUUUAAUUCUUGGGCAUUUCAUGGAAAAAGGCGUCUUAAUUCACUUUGACUUGAUCUGUUUCAGGAACAUAUCUGAACAUGUCAAUAUUUCUUCAUGAUAUUUCCACCAAGCAGGGAGGAAAUGUCAUCUGAUGACUACUGUUUGUGAGACAAGAUGGUUUGGGGUGCAAUCGUGGGUUUCCUGAGCAGCCAGGUCCUGGGAGCGCUGUGGUACGCUCCCUUCCUGUUUGGGGGUCCGUGGAUGAAGGCAACCUUCCCGGGGAAGUCGCCCCAGCAGAUAGCACAGAACGGCUUCGCCAUCGCCUACACCUUCACGCUGGUUUCUACAGCAACGUUGGCGCUGCUCCUUCAGUUCAUUCUCAUCACAUUCCUGAAGGUGACGUCGGUCCAGGUUGCCGUGAAGACCGGCCUUGGCCUUGGCGCUCUGAUGACCCUGGCCAAUAUCUCGCACCUCUGCUUUGCCAGGCGGUCCCUGCUCGCCUUCGUCAUUGACCAUGCUUAUGAUGCUCUGUGCUUUGCCAUCACCAGUGCAGCCAUUGUCUACUUUCAGUAGUCGGAGAUGGGUUUCUGGGGCUCUAUUGCAGAAUUCAUCUAAUGGUGCCUUUGAAAAAAAAUCGAAAGAGGUAUGAUAUUGGCAGAUCAGAUGUACCCAGUUCUAUUUUACCUUUCAUUGUCAACUUUAUUAGAUAUCAUCAUACUCUCUGACCAUCAUUGUCAUCAAGUCAGCUGUAUGUGUUGGGCAGGUAUUCUCUACUGUUACUUUGACCGACCUUGACCUUGACUGCUGAGUCCCAUGUUAGACCUAUACAGGUAAACAGACCUCAGUUUUGUUUUUGGUUUGCUUUAUAUGUAGAAUAUAACUUGUCAGUACUGUAGUGUUGUACCCUUUGACGUAUUGAUGAAUGUUGAAUCACUUUUAUAGUAAGCAACUCUUCAGUGUCUUUUAUCUACAGAUUUUCAAACAUAGAAAGUUUGUUUUUAUCAUAGAGCUUUAAAACAUUAUCUGUUGUAUUUGUCUUGAGAUUUUUCAUGACAUGUAGUUUUUAUGGAAUUAUUGCUGUUAUGUUAUGGUGAUUGAGGCAUAAAGUUUUAUGCAAUCUUCUUGAAUGCCAAUAUCAGGGAAGUCCACUUGUUAUUAUUAAUAGAGACAUUAUUAAUAUGUCGCCCUUACUAUAAUAUGUAUAUUGAGAUACACAAGGAAAAUGCAGACAGACCCACAUAAGGGAAAUAUUUUCUAAUCUUAGUCAUACUUUAAAUAGCAUAAUCUGUAUGUUAAAAACAACAUUUUUUACAGAAAGAUAUUGAACCAACCUCAGGCAAACAAAUACUAUUUACAUUAAAGAUAACUUAUUUGGAAUAUAAAAAAAAAUACUUGUGUUUUUUUGUCAACCUUACUGACCCAUUGUUUCACUUGCAACCCAAAUGUCAUUAUUGCCGCUGGAAGCAGUUGUCAAGAAACCCAUAUUUAUCAUUUCGAAAAAAAUAGAAGUUUCCUUGUAUCAUCAAUCUCUUUACAAGUCAUUCACUGUAAAACCUUUUCUCAUAUCAUUAUUUCAUUAUUUCAUGUAUCCAUGUUUUGCUACAAUUAAUAAUAGCUACAUGAUAGAGGUAUAGUCAUGCUGUUAGUCAGGUUUGGGCUGGAUGUUAAUCACAACUGGUGUAUGAAAGUUCUCAGGGAAGCAAUCUGUAAUCACAUAACCCAUUGACUUGGUAGCUCGCUUCAACAAAAUAUCAUGAAAAUACGAGUGAGAAAAUUUUCUUAUUUUGGAGGUUCUUAUGGCAUGUUUGAUAUUUGCUGCCCAGAAGUUGUCAGAAAUUGGAUAUUUUGAAAAUGUAUCCAUCCUGGCUUUGUUAUUCACCAUUGACUAAUCUGGUUCCAGUUGACCAGUGGCCAUGCUGUUCAGUGUUGACCACUGACUAGAAUGGUUUUACUGCAUCGUACAAAAGAAACAUCCACAUGAAGAUCAUCUAUCUUGGGUUAUAGACUAGAACUAGUUUGUUCUUGUAGAAAAUUAUUUUAAUAUUUUGUUAAGUUUGUUUUCUGAGUAAUAGAUAUAGGGAAUUCACUGUUUUCAAAUUAAAUUAAUGAUUUGAAAAUAUUGAGGCUCAAACUGUUUUACUGUUGAUUGUUUAUCAAGUUUGUAAUGCCAACAUUUUAUAUCCAUGUACUGUCUGUAAUUCAAAUAGCAAUAAACUUUCUUACAAAAUGUCA